AUGUCAAGAAACAGCCACUGCUUCAGGUUUUGGGGCACUUGGCAUUUCUUGGACUAUGUCUAUGUCAUUGUCCUGGUAGUCUUUUCCUGGCUGCAAGGUCUCAUCAUCAUGAAGCAAAGUACCGUGUUGAAGUUGAUGGUGUCGGAGACCACCCUGAUCACUGUGAUGUGCCUUUUGUCUCUUGCAAGGUACAAUUUCGGCGUCCGAAUGGGACCGUCAUUGAUGCUGGUGAUGAUUGUCUACAUGACAUUUGUGCUCUACAGGACGGCUGAAGUCUACGAAGACGAGCGGAAGUUCCACUACCAGGCCGUUGGCCCCAAGUUCGAGGAGUCUGAUUUGGAGACCGUCGAGGAAGAAGAUUACUGCCAUACUCCCUGGCUGGGAUGUUAUGACAAGAAGAUCAAGGGCGCUCCCAUCCUGCCGGCGGAGGAGGAGGAAGGAGGAGGCAGCCCAAUGGACAUGCAGAUGCUGGUCAUUUCCCUGGUAUAUGCCGCGACAGAUACCACCCGCACCCUUUUGAACUCCUAUGCUUUGUCGAGUUCUCAAAUCAACCCGAACUCCAUGUCUCUCUUGUCCUUUCUUGUAGGACUUGUCUUUGCAUCUUUGAUGACCUGGCGUGCACAUGGUCUUGGUUGCGGAGGUCACGAUGAGGAGUUGGGGGAGGAGUCUACGAAGGGGCUUCUUCAAGCUUGGAACUUCAAGAAGAUUCUCGAGUAUACGAGCUCUUCCGUGUUACAAGCUGUGCCCUGGCAACAUGGCCUAUGCCUUUGGCUUGUCUCCACCCAUGGCAGCUGUUCUUGGUAA